AAUCCAGAGGGAUUAGUGCGAACACACUCGGCUGUAAACCCUUCAGUAGCUCUCCAAGGGGUCUCUGCCUCAGUGCGUAAAGUGGGGACGGGGCUCCGGACGCACAGCGCAGCACUUCUUCUCCCACAGGCUCCAUGCGUUUUCACUGGAACAGAUCAUCUGUCCCGAAGCGCAGAGGGGACAUGGGUCAACUUUAUGGUGCGACUCUUUUACCAUUUGGCGCAAUUUGUGUUGUUUUUCUGUGGGAAUCUGGUGCCAGCUCUAUCAGGACAACGCUCGCAGUGGACACUUCGAGAGAGGGGUGUCCAGACAACAAGAUCAUGACUGUGGAGUAUCCCUGUGUCAGAGCUGGGGGCAAGAACAGCACCUGCCUCAGGAGGAAAUGCUGUGACGGCUUCAGGUUUGUGAUGGGCCAGUGCAUACCUGAAAAUGUGGAUGUGUGUGAAGCAUCUCCCUGUGAGCAGCAGUGCACUGAUAACUUUGGACGAGUCGUCUGCACGUGUUACCCUGGCUAUCGCUUCGACCGGGAAAGACACCGUAACCACAAAUCUCCAUACUGUCUAGACAUAGAUGAGUGUGAGCACCCAGGGAGUAGCAUGUGUGACCAUGAAUGUGUGAACACAGUGGGCAGCUUCCUUUGCCACUGUCGCACUGGUUACAUACUGGCACCGGACCAACGCUCCUGCAUCCCUGUACACAACCUGAGUUCAUCGGGGAAGUCAGACACCUUGAUGAGUGCUGGAAGCUGCUCGUUCACUUGUCAGGAUUUCACUAACAUGAAAAACAGUCUGCUGCAGCUAAAACUAAGGCUGGGAAACACACAGUCACCCAACCAGGUACCUGGCCUGGCCAACAGCAGUAACAAGCCAUCUCUUGGGCGCCAGGGGAAAAUUCCUGAUAGCCAUUGUCUUCCUGGCCUGCCAGGCCCUCCAGGUGCUCCUGGGGUCCCAGGACACCCAGGUGAACCAGGAAAGAGAGGGGACCCAGGUGUAAAGGGCCCACCUGGCCCUAGAGGUCCACGGGGAGACAUGGGACCUAUGGGUCCAGAGCCUGACCUGAAGCACAUCAAAAGAGGGCGCAGAGGGCCAGUGGGACCUCCUGGGGCAUCAGGGAGAGAUGGAUUGAAGGGUGACAGAGGAGCUCCUGGUCCAAGAGGUCCACCAGGACCACCCGGCUCCUUCGACUUCCUGUUGCUAAUGAUGGCCGACAUCCGCAAUGACAUUAUAGAACUGCAGGAGAAGGUGUUUGGAGAGCGGCGAGGCAUCUCUCUGGACAGUCCUCCUCACUCCAGUGGGGAAGUGGAUUUUGUAGAGUGGGGCUCUGGACAAGGAGAUCUUAUGCUCAAUACCUGACCUUUGACCUACACCACACAAAAACCAACUUGUAAAUAAUUUCUAACGUGCGUGUGGGUUGAGUUUGGAAUGUGGCCUUGAAUACACUCUCCACACUGCCACAGACAGUGAAACAGGGAGACACAAGGAUUAUGAUCACGGAAAUUGGACCACAGACUCUCUUAACCACUGUGAGCACUAUCUGGCUCCCUUUCACAAGCUGUGGUGUGUGUGAGGGAUGUGUGUGCACGGCAUGGAGCUGGAAAGAUGCACUGUGUGCCUUUAUGUCUGAGCUGCGCCUCUGAGCUGAACCACUUCAAACGAUGAACUUUAUCGUCUACAUCUCUUCCUGUUCCAGAGUCUGUCCGUGGAAGCUCUGCUGCCGCUGACAGUUUGCCUGCAGGGUGUUGGUACAAAGAGCCAGGGCCCGCACUGUGAGCUCCCUGCACCUGUCUGCAGGAGCCAGACCUCCACUCUGAGUUCUACAACUAUCCUCUACUCUGAGGAGUCUUCAGACACUCACUCAUGACUGUUAAAGUCACAUUGCUUUACUGUUGCACAAACACAUUCUUGCCUGAUGUACUUUUUAAAUGUACAAUAAAAAAACUCAAAUUCAAGUAUAAAAAAAGCGUUCCUUUUUUCAUC